CCCGAGUGCAGUAGUCCGAGGCUGUCCACAGGUUUUUUUUUAAAUUAAAAAUGACAGAAGAAGAUGCUAUUAAAAAAGUUAUUAAAGAAGAUGUUAUUGGAAAAGAGUCAAAUUCGGCAACUAGGACCAGAGUUCCCAGUAUUUUCUUAAUACCUUUAUUGGUUUUCUUCUUAUUUUUUGCGUAUGUGACUAUAAGAAUUGAAGAUGAGUUACCAAAGCCUAUCAAAGAAAGGGAUAUUGCAAGCGACGAUUCAAGAACUGGCAGCGAGGAAUCUGCAAAAAAAUAUUUGUACGAAAUUCUCGGAGAUGGACCGAGGGUAGCCGGCGCAAAAUACCAUUACACUAAAACUAAAGAUCUUAAACAGUUGGUAGAUGACAUAGCGAGCAAAUCUCAUCAGCGUAUUCACACAGAUUGGCAACUUGUCGAUGGAAACUUUUGGAUUGCUUUCGGUACUCCCAUCGUGCAAGCUUACCAAAACUUGUCCAAUAUAAUCGCAGUAUUGGAAGGUGAAAGUGGAUUUAACCCUGACGGGACUACUGGAACUUCAAUUCUUGUUAACGCCCAUUAUGAUUCUGUACCUUUUUCUACGGGUGCCUCUGAUGAUGGUCUGUUUUGUGGUGCUAUGGUCGAAACAUUGGAAAAGCUGUCCCGUAGGAGAAGGAAGUUUAGACACAAUAUAAUAUUCCUUAUUAACGGCGCCGAAGAAAAUGCUUUACAGGCAAGUCACGGGUUUUUGAGCCAUCCGUGGGCGAAAAAUAUUAUUGGUGUAGUCAACUUGGACUCCGCAGGCAAGAACGGGAGGCCCAGUGUUUUCCAGGUAACAGACCCCAGAUUACUAGAUGUGUACAAGAAAACAAUUGGAAGACCCAUAGCACAAGGUUUAGGAGAGUUUUUGUUCACCUACGGCAUUAUUCCAUCUGAUACUGACUUCCGGAUAUGGAGAGAUUAUGGAAAAAUCAAUGGCCUGGACAUAGCCUUCGUGAAGUGGGGUAACACUUACCACACCCGAAACGAUAGACCAGAUUUAAUAAAAGAAGGUGUUAUACAGAAUUCAGUAGACUUACUCAUAAGCCUUGUCUCGCAGUUGGCUGAAGAGGAGGAUAUAGUGAAACAGCAACCAGCAUCGACUGUGGUAUACUUUGACGUUCUGGGCUUUUUCCUCGUCUCAUACACCAGAGAAUUCGCGGCUACUGUGGACAUGGUGGUGGGAGUGAUGGGAGUUUUGAGUGUAGUUUACUUCCUGGCGCUCUUCGGUUUCAAGCGGGAAACGUUCAUAGAGUUGAUUUGGUCGACAGUCAGUCAUGUGAUCUGCUUGGUGUCAGGACUCGCAGUAGUGGUUGCUUUGACACUUCUAAUGCUCAACACAACACAACAAAUGAGAUAUAUGUCAGCGCACUGGCUGGUAGUGCCGUUCUACUGGUUGCCGUACCUCGUGAUAUCGGUCGGGGUGUCCCAUGCGAUUGACAGUUGGAGAACAUCGAAGACAGACUAUGACCGUCCAAUCAGAACAGCGCAAGCUAUGGCCACAAACCGCCUUAUAAUGGCGUUGGUGCUUUUGUUGACAUGUUGCGCCGAGGAGACGGCCAACAUCAGAUAUUUGUUAGCUAUUCCUCUGUUUGCGAUGUCCAUCGGAGGAGUCAUAACCACUUCUGUAGCCAGAUGCAGGUGUCUAAGUGCAUGGCAAGUCCUUAUACUAGAAGUAGUCCUGCACCUGCCAGCCACCAUGUUCGCCUUCUCCCUGGCCACUCGCCUCAACUGCCUCGCCAUACCUAUAAUGGGCCGCUCAGCAUCCGAUACUCCAGAUCUCAUCAUCGCUGGUUUUAACGCCGUUCUGGUUAUUUACGUUGCAUCUACUGUCUCUGGAAUUGAACUACUAUUCUCACGCAAAGGACUGACGACGGUGUUGGGCGUCGUGUUCGUCGUGUCUGUCGGUAUCAUAUUCUACCCCUUCGCGCCUUACCACGGUGACGUCACGCAGAGGCACUACUUUGUUCAUUCCCAAGUAACAACCUAUAACCGAAAUCGUGCGCCUGUAGAACGAUUUGCAGGAACCGCCAUAGUUAAAAUGGACGCCAACAACAUACAAUCAGCUUUGACAGCAAUCCAAACCAGUCCCCUCUUCAUAAACGAUAGACACCAUGUAUCAUGGGAUGGCAUGGAUAGACACAUCAAUAAAGGAUUAAAUAUCAGAGCAAGUGAUUUAAAAAUAAUAGAUCAAGAGUGUGAUGACUACCUUUAUUGCAACUUACCCUUGUUCAGGCCCGGUUUUAGCAGAUUAAAGAGAGGCAGUGUUUUUAUUAAAAUGAGUCCUCCGGCAUUUUUCCCGCACUCGUUGGUUCUGAACAGGCGCUUAUGCAAUGGUAAUCAAUGCAGAUUGCACUUCACAAUGCGUGGUAACGCACACAACCUAAUUUCAAUAUGGCCAGUAAGAGGUGUCCAGCUAACUGAGUGGUCCUUUAAUGGUCCUGUCAAAGAUUCGGGAGUGGUGCAAGGCAGAGCCGUAUACACGGUUGUACAUUCCACCGCCACAUAUUCUGAGAACUUUGCGCCUUUUGAAUUCUGGGUGACCUUAGAAGCACCACCAUCGCUCCAGUCUGGUGUUAUUGUGGAAGUCUCUCACCACGCGCACAAAGCUUUCCAUCCUGAAGACUUCACCGAAGAGUACCGGCAACUCCUCGCCAUCAUGCCCGACUAUAUGAACGUAGCCACCUUCCUCAGUUUCAGAGAUAACUACGUGUUUUAAUAACUGUCUUCAAUUAUUACUUUUAUCACGAUUUUUUAAUGUAACAUUUCAAAACUGAUACAAAUUCUUCUCUGUAAUACUUUGUAGCAUUUAAUAUUGAUAUUUAACCAUUAUUUAACAGUGAUUUGUAGUAGAUCUUACGUUUUUGUUUUUUUAAUUGUUUCAUUAUCAUUGCUUUGCAAUUCAGAUUCUACUGUUACCUCCUACUUAAUAUUAAUGAAGUAUGAGUAGGUAUAGCUAAAAUCAGGAAAAUGCAAGACUUGUUUAUUCACACAUAAUACGUACGAAGCUUCAUAAACACAACUAAUUAGCAUUUGUUAUAACAUCUAUUUAUGUUCAUAAUUUGUUAACUAUGAAGUUUGUGAUUUGUGUUUAUUUUACAUAGUACUUACUUACCCACUUAAUUAAGUAAAAAUACACAUAUUGCGUGUUUAG